UGUGAGCCCUGCUCCCUCUCUCUGUCUCCCUCUCUCUGUCUCCCUCUCUCUCUCUCGCUCUCUCUCUCUCUCUCACACACAUUUAUUUUCUACGUCUGGUCCUUCACCUCCACACCAGUAGCCAACAUGAGCGGGCCUCCACCCGGGGCGAACAUGGCCCAGUCUCGCAUGGAGAUGGCUAAGAACAUCAAGGAUGAGGACAAGCUCUACAAGUUUGAAGGGGUGAUAUACUCCACUAUCAUGAGUCCGGUCGAGAACCUGGAGGCCGCUAGGACCAUGGAGGCGCGGGCCGACGACGUGAUGCUGGUGGCCUAUCCCAAGUGUGGGUUCAACUGGAUGGUGGCUGUGCUGCGUAAAAUCAUGGCAGCAGUCAGUGGAAAAAAAGACGUCCCCGACAUGCCCCCGCUGAUCGAGUUCUUCUCUCCAGACGUGCAGAAGCAGCUUAUAGCCCAGCAGCCAUCUCCACGGUUCCUGGGGACUCACCUGCACCCUGACAACAUCCCCGCCUCUUUUAAAGAGAAGAAGACCAAGAUGCUGGUGGUGUGGAGGAACCCCAAGGACACACUCGUCUCUUUCUAUCACUUCAUGAACAAGAACCCAGUGCUGCCCAACGUCGAGUGGGACAAGUUCUUCACAGACUUCAUGAGUGGAGAAGUGCCCUGGGGUUCAUAUUUUGAUCAAGCCCUUGCUUGGGACAAACUCAUGGAUGAACCCAAUGUGAAGAUUAUAACUUAUGAGGACCUUAAACAGGACCUGAGUGGAGGCAUCAAGGAGAUCUCUCAGUUCUUUGGCUUCCCCCUGACUGAGGAGCAGGUCCAGACCAUCUACUCGGAGACCACCUUCAGUGCCAUGAAGGAAGGAAGUUCUCAUGGCAAAAUGGGAAGCAUCUUCUUCAGAAAAGGUGAGGUGGGUGACUGGAAGAACCACUUCAGUGAGGCCCAGAACCAGCAGAUGGACGAGGAGUUCAACAAGAGACUAGCAGGAACCAAACUGGGAGCCAAACUCAAAUACGACACCUACUGCAAGUAGGGAGACGACUAUGGUCACAUUUGUACUUUUGUAUUAAAUACACAGAUUCUGUUUUGUAAUGAUUCUGUUUUGCAUUAAAAACACAGAAAUGAUGGACAAUGAACGUAUUUUGACUUAUAUACUUUAAUAAAAUAAAAUGUUUCUCUCUGGCA